GUCCGACGUCGGACUGCUCUGCUGGGAACAGCGUCACCAUCGCGAUGCGACGUUUACAUGGAUAAAUCACCAGCGUUCAACUCCGUCCCGUCUCACAUGCUGAGCUCCCAAACCAUCUUGGAUUAUGCCUGAGACCGACCGCUAGCCGCGGCUGUUUUUGUGGGGUUCUACCGAAGAACUCCGUAGCUGCUUACCAAGACGCCCGGCUCCACACAAUUUCACGAUGGAAAUGGUCUUUCCGACGGGCAAAAUGUCCCCAAUUUGGGUGACUUUGGCCCUGCUCGCCUUCGUCUCCUGCACUUCUCCGGUCAGCGGGAACGAGGACUGUCUGUGGUACGUGGAUAAAAAUGGCACCUGGCACAACGGCUUCGACUGUCCUGCCAUCUCAUCCUGCUGUGGCAACUGCCACCGGCGCUACUGCUGCAUGGAUCCCUUCAAGAUAAUCACGGAGAGGGAACAGAAGCGCUGCAUGCUGUUCCAGUUCAGUCCCAGCACUUUAAUCGGCAUCGCGUCGUCCAUCCUGCUGUUCGUGGCCAUCAUUGCCACCAUGGUUUGCUGCUUCAUGUGCUCCUGUUGUUACCUCUACCAGAGGAGGCAGCAGAGAGGCAGGACACCAUAUGAUGUCCAACACAUCCCCAUGGCCAGCUACCCCGUGGAGCCGAUGCACGACGCGUUUGGAAAACCUCUUGGGCCUUCAGAGUACCGACAUGCAGGCUACCCUAUGGCGCCUCAGUAUCCUGGCAUGCCUGUUCAUUACCCAAUGAUGCAUCCGGGACCUUACCCAUCACAAUCAAUAGAUCCGGCAUACAGCCAAGCCCCGCCACCUUACUCUCCACCUCAGUAUCCUGGUCACUGACGGGCUCAUCUUCACACAAAAACCCAGCUGAGAGAAAUGACUGUUUGGAAAGGAGAAGGCAGCCUAACACACCCGUUAAAAUAAACCUACAGCUCAACAGGGAGUGGUUUCAAUGCGGAGGAGGGAAGGAGGCACUUUAAUCUUUACUUUGUUUACUGUUUGUUUGCAGCGUCGUCCUACGUUUCCAAAGUAGUAAUGUAAGUCGUAUUCAGUUCCGCAACCUGAAUUCAUAUUUCCUUUUGGUGAUUUUUUUUUUUUUUUCACACGUCAUUCAGGUGGAGAAUCUGUCGAGACAUUUUGAGUUUUGCUCUAAGUGUCGCUAGAAGACAGUUCUCUCUGGCUUACAGAAAACCAAAGUUGAAGAACCUGACCUGUGAUGCACUCUUUUAAGUGUUGAAGGGAAAAAAAUGCGUAACUUUUUUCAUGUUUGUUAAAUUUAAAGAAACUGCUGUGAUUCUGCUUAACAAGUGUUUUAUCCAGAUCCUGAAGUUUAGCAUCUUUCCAUUUGUGUUUAUGUCUCACUGCACCUGGGGCUGAGGUACAAAAAAAAAAAAAGCAAAUGAGAUGCAUGUUUUGAUUAUAAAUUUUAUUUGAAAAAAAAAAA